AUGUGCCAAAAGGCGACUUGCACGGAUUGUGGUAAAAAGUCGUGGUGGGGAUGCGGAACUCACAUUCCUGUCGUCAUGAAUCCAAUCCCUUCUGGGGACAGAUGUUCCUGUGGGCCAAAGGUUACUGUUGCUGGCCAGGAGUAUCCGCCAAAGGCAGCACAAGCGGAUUGA